ACAAGCACAGCAGAAAUGGCCCUGUGUUCCUCCAUCCCUGUUGACUGUCUUUUUGUGUUUCAGGAGCCUGUGUCGUUCGAAGAGAUAGCUGUGCAUUUCACGGAGGGCGAAUGGGCUCUCCUGAACCCCCAUCAGAGAGCCUUAUACAGGGAUGUCAUGCAGGAGAACUAUGAAAAUGUGACCUCUUUGGUUCUUUCCCUCACCAAUUCGGAUGGAAACUCCUGCGUGGAGGAAGGGGACGGGUUGAUCUCCCUGGGUCUACACCCUCCGGGCUCUGAGAAAGGGAACAAACAUGAAGUCACCAGAACAGUACAAGAUGGGCAGGAGAAAAAGGAGGAGGAGAAUCCCGCAGCGGAAGAUGCUAAGGGAGAUGAAAAUCCUAAGAAAGGCAAUGUAAGAAAGGCAAGGAAGAACGUAGUGCCAGGAAAUCCCAAGGUGGCUGAAAAGUCUAAGGAAUACAUUCUUAGGAGGAAAAAUCAAGUCCCCGGAAAUUCUAAGGAAAUUGGGCAGUCUAAGAGAGAUGUUCUGAGGAAAAACAGAGUUCCUGGAAAUACUAAGGAAAUUAGACAUUCCAGGAGAGAUAUUCAAAGGAAGAAUCUAGUGCUGAGAAAUUCUAAGGAAAUUGGGAAUUCUAGGGGGGGUGUUCUGAGGGAGAAUCUGGUGCCAGAAAAUUCCAAGGAAAUUGAGUGUUCUAGGGGAGAUGUUCUAAGAGAGAAUCUAUUUCCUGGAAAUCCCAAGGAAAUUGGGCAUUCUAGGGGAGACAUUCCAAAGAAAAAUCUAGUGCUGAGAAAUGCUAAGGAAAUUGGGAAUUCUAGGAGAGACGUUCUGAGGAAAAAUCGAGCUCCCAGAUAUUCUAAGGAAACUGGACAUUCUAGAGGAGAAGUUCUGAAGAAAAAUCAAGAAGUGAACAGCCAGAAGGUCCUUGGGGCUGGACCUCAGUGA